AUGGACAGCGGACUGCGCCUGUGGCAGCGCGCGUGUGUGACCCUCAAGAUGGACCUCGUGGUGUUCUCCAUCCUCAGCGUGUGCGUCAUGUUCGGGAUGUUCAUGCUCAUGUACGUGGUCAUCUGCGUGUCCCUCUGCCGAGACUCGGAGUGCUUUCAAGGCGCCAUAAAGGUUUCAAACGCGUGGAGUUCAAUACCAAAGCGCCAUAAAGGUUUCAAAAGCGUGGAGCGCCAUAAAGGUUUCAAACGCGUGGAGUUCAAUACCAAGCGCCAUAAAGGUUUCAAACGCGUGGAGUUCAAUACCAAGCGCCAUAAAGGUUUCAAACGCGUGGAGUUCAAUACCAAACGCAUAAAGGUUUUCAAACGCGUGGAGUUCAAUACCAAGCGCCAUAAAGGUUUCAAACGCGUGGAGUUCAAUACCAAGCGCCAUAAAGGUUUCAGACCCUCUUUUGUUUCAAGGGAUUCCAUAAAGAGAAAGUGCCACGGACGGGAAACUUAUUUCUCUUAUAGAAGAACUGGCUAUGCAUCUGAAGGAGAGCAACAUACCCAGGGCGGCGCCGUGCUGUCCCGUGAGCCUUCUGAAGAUUUCAACAGAAACGCACGGUCGAGUAGCGGCAGCACAAGCCUGUCUGAGAAGCACAUCGUCAACAACAACAACAACAACAACACACUGAUCAACAACAACAACAUCAACGCUGCAGUUUGCGAGAAGGAUAAUCAGCCGGUUCUCAUUAUUGGCACAGCUGGAACAAAGAGUAGCCCGACAGACAGCCAGGUGGUGACACCGUGCCAGCUGGGUGCCAGAGAUGGCAUGAGUCACCCGUCACCCACCUCUUCGCUACCAGAUCUCUCAGAGAACGGGAGUUGUGGCAGCGACCGCCUCCACCACCCGUCGAUCUCCUCCGGGGGGCCCAACCACCUGCGCCACAUCAGGUCCUCCUCCAACUGCUCUCUCUCGUCCAUUGACAACGACGAGUCGGACCUCGAGUCGUUCAGCUCGCUCGAGGUCGACAUCCCGCGGGGCGACGCCCAGGACUCGAAGCUCGCCAAAGAGCGGGACUCCAGGAGCCUCUUGGACUUCGAGGUGCUGGGCUACCACUCGCGCCGGCCAAGCUCCUCCUCGUGCGGGUUCCAGGAGGCCGAGGCGUGGCCAGCGGACGGCCUGACGCAGCUGAGCCCCCAGUGUAAUGACCUCAGCCCCGACAAGAACGCCGCCAACAACAACAACAACAUCAAUGAACUAGCGAGCAGCGGGGCGUUCGUGAAGUCGUUCUACGAUAAGCCGAAGCUCCAGCUCAGCCCCGACGCGUACGUGAACAACCGGGCCGGGGACGACAAUGGCAACGUAGCCUCUCCUGACGGGAAGAGCGCCGCCGGGGAAAUAUGUAACUCCUGCCCCUCCAGCCCCGACUCGCCCGGAUACGUAUCCGAAGACGAGAACCCCUCCGACAUCGAGCAGAAGAUGGCAGAGACCAAAGUGAAGAUGAACGAUGCAAUUCUGUCCAACGGGAAGGAGGAGCUCGCCCUCCACAGCCGCAAGAUGAAGCACUACAUCAAGCACAAGGAGCUGAAGGAGAGCUGCGGCGCCGCGGCCAACCUCAAGCACACCAACAACAACGCCCUCAAGCAGCCCAACUCGCUCAAGCUGCCCGACACCAACGACGGCGACAACCGCUACACGCAGGUGCCCGAGAGCCCCAUCGUGGACGCCUACGAGAAGGAGUGCCUGGACGUGCCCGAGAAGAUGGUGCGCGAGCUGGAGAACCAGGCCAAGGAGAGCGGCGAGGGCGGCGCGGCGGACGACUUCAUCCCGUGCAAGAAGGAGAAGAUGGAGAUCAACGAACACAAGAAGUGCCGCACGGACGAGAACGAUAACGACGACUCGGCCCCCGUCACGCCCACGGUGCAGACGCCCGUCAAGAGAGCCGAGGGCGAGGGCAACAAGGAGAACGCAGCGCCUCCUGCCUCUGUCGCAGCGCCUCCUGCAGAGAAGCCCAGCCUGGCCCGCGUGACCUUCAGCGGCGUGGACGAGGUGGUGGUCCGCAGGCACGAGAGCCCGCAGCGCCGCAGGGAGAAGGCCGCCUUCCGCAAGUCCGUCCCUCAAGCCUCCUGCGGUUCCUCGGCCAGGGCCAAGCUCGGCUCUCCUGACGGCGGUGAGUACCCGGAUGUGCUUUUGGCUAAAGACGGAGACGAGGACGAAGAUGGAGACAAAGACGAUGACGAAGAUGAAGACGAAGCUAAAGACGGAGACGAGGACGAAGAUGGAGACAAAGACGAGGACGAGGACGAAAAUGAAGACGGAGGCGAAGAUGGAGACGAGAACGAAGACGAAGACAAAGUUGAAGACGAAGACGUAAACGAAGAGGAGAUGAAGACGAAAAUCGAAAACGAAGACAAAGCUGAAGACGUGAACAUCGAAAGCACUUAUCUUCCGGACAUAGACCUGCCAACGCCAGGAUUGGCCAACACCCUCUGCCAACACCCGAGGCACCUUCCCCCGGCACCUAAUGGAUCUUUCAAGAGCGUAUUUCGCCUAUGUAUUAUUAUAAUUCGGUCGUUGAUCCUUAGCAGUGGGGUCCAGUUCUUCCGUUUUCCGAAGCCAGUUUGUCUGCGUCCAGGUGUCACACAGGAAACCUCGAGGACAUCUUCAGGACUUCAUCCGAAUAACUUCAAUAUACCAGCUGUAUGGCAGUGUUACGACAAGUGCAGGAUAACUUCAAAACAUCAUUUAAGGAUACACUUAAGACAACUUCACAUCAUCAAGACAACUGAAGACACUCGUAAUACAACUUCAAGAGACGACCUCAAACCAACUUCAAAAGGAACACCUCAAGACAACUUUUCAGAAGGACACCUCAAAACAACUUAA